AUGGGGGCCGUUCCGGGUAGCCCAGGGCCGCCGCCGCUCCUGCCGCUGCUGCUGCUGCUGCUGCGGCCGCCGCCGGCCACUCUGGCGCUCGACCCCGCGCUGCAGCCGGGAAACUUUUCUACGGACGAGGCCGGGGCGCAGCUAUUCGCUCAGAGCUUCAACUCGAGCGCCGAGCAGGUGCGGUUCCUAAACACAGUCGCCAACUGGGCGUACGACACCAACAUCACCGAGGAGAACGCGCAGCGCCAGGAGGAGACAGCCCUGAUAAGCCAGGACUUCGAUGAGGCCUGGGGCUACAAGGCCAAGGAGCUGUAUGACAACAUCUGGCAAAACUUCACCAACCCACAGCUACGCAGGGUCAUCCGCUCCAUCCGCAUCCUGGGCCCUGCCAACCUGGCCCUGGCGAAGCGGCAGCAGUACAACUCUCUGCUAAGCAACAUGAGCAGAAUUUACUCCACAUCCAAGGUCUGCUUCCCCAACAAGACUGCCACCUGCUGGUCACUGGACCCAGAGCUCACCAACAUCCUGGCCUCCUCGAGGAGCUACACCAUGCUACUCUUUGCCUGGGAGGGCUGGCAUGAUGCUGUGGGCAUCCCGCUGAAACCCCUGUACCAGGACUUUACCGCCCUCAGCAACGAGGCCUACAAGCAGGAUGGCUUCUCCGACACAGGGGACUACUGGCGCUCCUGGUAUGAAUCACCCACCUUUGUGGAGGAUCUGGAGUACCUCUACCAUCAGUUAGAGCCUCUCUACCUGAACCUCCAUGCCUACGUCCGCCGUGCACUGCACCGCCGAUACGGGGACAAGUUCAUCAACCUCAGGGGACCCAUCCCUGCACAUCUGCUGGGAAACAUGUGGGCCCAGAGCUGGGAAAACAUCUACGACAUGGUGGUGCCUUUCCCAGACAAGCCCAACCUGGAUGUUACCAGUACUAUGGUGCAGAAGGGCUGGAACACUACGCACAUGUUUCGGGUGGCAGAGGAGUUCUUCACCUCCCUGGGCCUCCUGCCCAUGCCACCUGAGUUCUGGGCACACUCCAUGCUGGAGAAGCCGAGCGAUGGGCGGGAGGUGGUGUGCCACGCCUCUGCCUGGGACUUCUACAACAGGAAGGACUUCAGGAUCAAGCAGUGCACACGGGUCACGAUGGACCAGCUAUCAACGGUGCACCACGAGAUGGGCCACGUGCAGUACUACCUGCAGUACAAGGACCAGCCCGUGUCCCUGCGCGAAGGCGCCAACCCCGGCUUCCAUGAGGCCAUCGGGGAUGUGCUGGCACUCUCGGUCUCCACUCCUGCACAUCUGCACAAAAUCGGCCUUCUGGACCAAGUCACCAAUGACACAGAAAGUGACAUCAAUUACCUGCUAAAGAUGGCGCUGGAAAAAAUUGCCUUCCUGCCCUUUGGCUACUUGGUGGACCAGUGGCGAUGGGGGGUCUUUAGUGGGCGCACCCCCCCUUCCCUCUACAACUUUGACUGGUGGUAUCUCCGAACCAAGUAUCAGGGGAUCUGCCCUCCAGUUGUCCGAAAUGAAACCCACUUUGAUGCUGGAGCUAAGUUUCAUGUCCCAAACAUGACACCAUACAUCAGGUACUUUGUGAGUUUUGUCCUGCAAUUCCAGUUCCAUCAAGCCCUGUGCAAGGAGGCAGCCCACCAGGGCCCCCUGUACCAGUGUGACAUCUACCAGUCCACCCAGGCAGGGAACAAACUCCGAGAGCUGCUUCAGGCGGGCUCCUCAAGGCCCUGGCAGGAGCUGCUGAAGGACAUGAUCGGCUCAGAUGCCCUGGAUGCCCAACCACUGCUCAACUACUUCCAGCCGGUCAGCCAGUGGCUGCAGGAACAGAACCAGCGCAACGGCGAAGUCCUGGGCUGGCCAGAAUAUCAGUGGCGCCCGCCACUGCCCGACAAUUACCCAGAGGGCAUUGACUUGGUCACAGAUGAGGCUGAGGCCCAGAAGUUUGUGGAGGAAUAUGACAAGACAGCCCAAGUCGUGUGGAAUGAAUAUGCUGAGGCCAAUUGGAACUACAAUACCAACAUCACCCAAGAGGCCAGCAAGAUUCUGCUGCAAAAGAAUAUGCAGUUGGCAAACCACACCCUGAGGUAUGGCACCCAGGCCAAGCAGUUUGAUGUGACCAACUUCCAGAACGAAACCACCAAGCGGAUCAUGAAGAAAGUUCAGGACCUGGAUCGGGCGGUGCUGCCUACUGAGGAGCUGGAGCAGUACAACCAGAUCCUGCUGGACAUGGAAACCACUUACAGUAUGGCCUCCGUGUGCCAUCUAAAUGGCACUUGUCUACAACUAGAGCCUGACCUGACGAAGCUGUUGGCCACAUCCCGGAACUAUGAAGAGUUGUUAUGGGCAUGGGAGGCCUGGCGAGACAAGGUGGGCAGAGCAAUCCUUCCUUUUUUUCCCAAAUAUGUGGAACUGAGCAACAAGGCUGCAAAGCUCAAUGGCUACAAAGACACAGGAGACUCGUGGAGAGCUAUGUACGAGACGCCAUUGCUAGAACACGACCUGGAGUUGCUCUUCCAGGAGCUUCAGCCACUAUACCUGAACCUACACGCCUACGUGCGCCGCGCCCUACAUCGUCACUAUGGGCCCGAGCGCAUCAACCUGGAGGGCCCUAUUCCUGCCCAUCUGCUGGGGAAUAUGUGGGCUCAGACCUGGUCCAACAUCUAUGACUUGGUAGUGCCCUUCCCUUCAGCCCCCAAGAUGGAUGCCACUGAGGCUAUGAUAAAGCAGGGCUGGACACCUAAAAGGAUGUUUGAGGAAGCUGACAACUUCUUCACCUCCUUGGGGCUGCUGCCAGUUCCCCCAUUGUUCUGGAACAAGUCGAUGCUGGAGAAGCCAACAGAUGGGCGGGAGGUGGUAUGCCAUGCUUCUGCCUGGGACUUCUACAAUGGCAAGGACUUCAGGAUUAAGCAGUGCACCACUGUGGACAUGGAAGACCUGGUGGUAGCCCACCAUGAGAUGGGCCACAUACAGUAUUUCAUGCAAUACAAGGACUUGCCUUUGGCCUUACGGGAGGGUGCCAACCCUGGCUUUCACGAGGCCAUUGGGGAUGUGCUGGCCCUUUCAGUAUCUACGCCCCAGCACCUAUACAGCAUCAACCUGCUGAGUAGCGAGGGUGGUGGCUACGAGCACGACAUCAACUUUCUAAUGAAGAUGGCACUGGACAAGGUCACCUUUAUCCCCUUCAGCUACCUGGUCGACCAGUGGCGCUGGAGGGUAUUUGACGGAAGCAUCAACAAGGAAAACUACAACCAGGAGUGGUGGAGCCUCAGGCUGAAGUACCAGGGCCUCUGCCCCCCUGUGUCCAGGUCUCAAGGCGACUUUGACCCAGGGGCCAAGUUCCACAUUCCUUCGAGUGUGCCUUACAUCAGGUACUUUGUCAGCUUUGUGAUCCAGUUCCAGUUCCAUGAGGCACUGUGCCAGGCGGCUGGCCAUCAGGGCCCCCUGUACAAGUGUGACAUCUACCAGUCCAAGGAGGCAGGGAAGCGCCUGGCGGAUGCCAUGAAGCUGGGCUUCAGUAAGCCAUGGCCGGAAGCCAUGAGACUGAUCACCGGGCAGCCCAACAUGUCGGCUACGGCCAUGAUGAACUACUUCAAGCCACUGCUGGACUGGCUCCUCACUGAGAACGGGCGGCAUGGGGAGAAGCUGGGCUGGCCCCAGUACAACUGGACGCCAAACUCUGCUCAUUCAGAAGCCUCCUUCACGGGCAGCGGCCGAGUCAACUUUCUGGGCCUGGAACUGGAAGCACACCAGGCCCGAGUGGGCCAGUGGGUGCUACUCUUCCUGGGCGUCGCCCUACUGGUGGCCACAUUGGGGCUGACCCAGCGGCUCUUCAGCAUCCGCCACCAGAGCCUCCGCCAUCCACACCGAGGGCCCCAGUUCGGCUCCGAGGUGGAGCUGAGACACUCCUGA